CGCUGAGUCUGUGGUCUGUGAGUCUGUGACUGAGACUAUCCGCGCAUUUUGCAUUUUCGGGCGACCGUUAUGUGCCCCGCACCGCCACCGUUACAAUUGUUCGUGUAACUCUGGAAAAUGCUGAACGAGAUGUGAACGACGUUCAAAUCAAAGUUAAUUUACGUGCGUGCCGAAGAGAACGACUGAGAAGAAAAAAGUAGAGGGCUUUCUUAGAGAGAGAGAAGAGAGAGAGUGAGAGUGAGAGAGAGAGAGCGAGAGAGAGAGAGAGAGAGAGAGAGCGAGAGAGAGAGGAGAGAAGGAAAACAAGAAAGAAGAGGACAGAGAAAGAGACAGAGACAAGCGUCUAUCUGUCGGCGCGAGCACGAAGAAGAUCUACAAGACUAAGUAUUUCAGUGAUUGAUCAUUAUAGGAGGAAAUAUUUUGAGAUAUAAAGUUUGAAGAAACUGUUUCAAAUCUAUAAAAUGUCUAUUGAAGCACUUAGUGACUCAGAGCUUAGGACCAAACUGUCCGAGUAUGGGUAUCCAGUUGGACCAGUUACACAAACCACUCGGAAGAUUCUUGUUAAAAAGUUAAAAACUCUUAUGGAAUCUCGUGGUGCUGCAGGCUCUCGUCAUUCUAUGGCUGCCAGAUAUAGCAGUGAUGAUACAGACGAUGACAUCUCAGCUAGUGCUAAAAAGAAAAAGAAGAUACCUCCAAAUACACGAAGACAGACUCUAGCCAAUCCUAUGCCUCCACCAAUAUCUGCACCUAUUACAUCUAGUACAAGCAAAAGCCCCGCAAAAAAACGCCUUGUCAAGAAUAUUACUGCUGGAGAUUCAGAAAUAUCUGACAAUGAUAAUCUACCAAGUUUGAAUAAUCGUUCUACAGCCAAAAGUGACAAGACCUUUGUCAAAAAUAAAAGACUGUCUCAAAAUAAUGAUGGUCUUGAAACUGGAUCAGAUUCAGACAUAGUUGAAGAUAGUCCAAGAAAACCCACAGUUGUUACCAAGUUUGGAGGUGGCACAACUAAAUUUUACAAUGAUCAAGCCCCUGGAACCAGUGCUGCAACAGCUGAUUUAAACACACCAAAGUCAUAUGAGACUAACUGGAGAAGGUCAUUACGAGAAUCUCAUGAUUCUAGUUUGCGCACAACCAAUAAAGCCAGUCCUCCUAAGAAUGAGAGGUAUUCUGUAAACUUGCCUAGUAAACCUUUGGAUUCUUAUAAAAAUGAUUUGAAGGAUCUCAAAAAGGAUGAUUUACUUUCGAACUAUAAAAGUCCUUACUUAUCUGACUUUACAAGAAAACUUAGUGUUCAAGCAUCAGUACCUUUACCAUCUCUUACAAAAUCUACUCUGAUAGGAUCAAAAUAUCGUUAUUCAGGAUUAAAUAAUACACCAGAAGUAAAAGAAACUGAUUCAAAUGGACACUUUACAUCUCCAUUGAGAAAUACCUAUCCUUCAAGCUCCAGCAUGACCUAUGUAACGUCGUCAUUAGAUAAAACCCGCGAUAAAGUUUUCAAAUCUGUUGCUGGUCAUGGAGAGGUAAAGAGUAAUCAAAAUUUUAUAUCAAUGGUUCUUGUUGGGGUACUGGCAUUAUUUUUUGGAGUAUUAGCAAUUGUUUACUUAGGACUUGAAGGAAAAACUGACAAUUUUCCUCUUUUACCUGCUGAUAGCGAUAUACCGCUGUGUUCUAUAGCGUCGAAUCAAGAUAAACGAGGUGCAAACUGCGUACCUGAAGAUAUCGUUACAGAGGUUUUGCACUUUAUCAAGCAACUUCAUCCUAUAUUAAUGAAAAGAGCCAUAUCAGCUGAAUGUGACAAUACUAAAAAACCUCCUUAUAUUAAUACCAAUGACAUUGUAACAAUCUUUUCAAAUGCGGGACAGUCUGAAACCAAAGUGAAAGAAAAUUUAUAUAUGGCUCAUGUUCUUUUAUUCAGAAAUCCUCAAUGGGGAAUGUCUUUAAUUGAAAUUCCAGAUGACACUCAGAUACCUCAAGUUCUUGAUACCAUGGAAAAGGUAUUAUUGACACGUUUUGCAGAAAAGUUGGGUGUUGUCAUUCAAGAACCGGAUUUACCAUUACAAUGUCUCGUCAAGAAAAGAUUAUUAAAUAUUGUCACAGCACUUCUAAUAGCUGGCUUUGGAGGGCUAACGAUUAUUGGAUGUCAAAAAGCAUUUGUUGCUUACAAACGUUACAAAGAUAAUGCUGAAAAAGAAGUCUUCAAUUUAGUCAGUGAAAUUAUUAAUAAGUUAGAACUCCAUUAUCAAAGCUUUGCAAAUGCUAAUCCUGGAAGUACACAAGAUUGUUAUUUAGCUAUUAAUCACAUAAGAGACAAUCUUAUAUCUCCCAAAGACAGAAAAAAAUUAUAUAGGCCGUGGGAAAAGGCUGUCAAAUUCUUGGAUGAGAACGAAUCUAGAAUCCGAAGGGAAGUUCGAAUGGUUGCUGGAGAAGAAUUUCAAGUGUGGCGCUGGUUACCCACCAACUCAAAUGUUUCUAACUCUCCAGGAUCUAGUCCAACUCCAAAGUUGGGUAAAGUUUGGCAAGGAAGUGCAUUUGAAACAAUGGAAGGCUCUGUUAAUAGCCCAGCUUGUUCUCCAACACCUUGCUUAAAAAUAAGACACAUGUUUGAGCCAGAUGUAGAGUUUGAAGAGGACUGGGAGUCAAAAAUAAAAGACGCUGUACUUGACAAAUGUGGCGAUAAUAUAAAAAUUUUGCACAUUAUAGUCGAUCGUGGUAGCCGUGAAGGGUGUGUGUAUGCGAAAUGUAUGUCUCAAUUAGAUGCUGGUAAAGCUUACAAAGCCUUACAUGGAAGUUGGUUUGAUGGGCAUUUGGUAACUGUUAAAUACUUAAGACUGGAACGUUAUCAUGAGCGUUUUCCAGACUCUAUAGAUGCUAAGACUCCUCUUAAACCAAGCAACAAUCUACGGUCGUCUAUGCAAGCAUAUUACUGGCCAAAUUCAUCAGAAGCAAACUAAAUUCUUUUCCUGUUUAACAAAUUUUUCUUUUCAUUACCUCUUAUUCUUUGUUUCAUGUUAAAUAUCACGAGACACGUCAUACAUUGUCAUGCGUUUAAUAUGAAUUUGUUUAUCAUUUUUCUGUUUUUUGAGUAUAAUUAUACUUGUCAAUUGUCAACUUUUACUGUUUUGGUAAUUUAGAACAAUUACUUUUUAUAUUUUCGAUUUUAAUUACACAUAAAUGAGUUCCAUUUUAAUGUAUGUUAACGACUCAAAGAAACACAUCUCAUUGCAAAGCGUGUAAGCAACAUGUUGUAUUUAUAUUAGAAUAUUUCUUCGUAUUUUAUUGUAAAAAUGUCAAGUUAUAGUCAGAUUUCUGAUUUCAAUAAGAUUUAAAAAACAUGACUCAUAUUGUUUGAUAUAGAGAAAAUGAAACGUACAUGUAAAAAUGUGAAAAACUAUUGUUAACGUUAUUGGCGUUUACAAAUUUUUCAUAAUUAUAUCACAUAAAAAUUAGUUCUUAUGUAAAUUAAACUCUUUUUUACUAAACCCAUUUUUUUAUAUUCUCUGUUUAAAACAAAUUAUUUUUAUAAUGUACGAUUACAAAU